AUGGGAUUUUUUGUUGCAUUUUCAGUAGUUGAUGAAGCAUUCUAUGAGGCGCGCUCUGAACACAAGGCGCUAAGCAGGCUUCGUGUUCAAGAAAAUGUCGAAUACCCCACUGGCAACAUUCCUAACCCAACUGGCAACGUUCCUGACACCACUGGCAACGUUCCUGACACCACCGGCAACGUUCCUGACACCACCGGCAACGUUCCUGAACCCACCGGCAACGUUCCUGAACCCACCGGCAACGUUCCUGACCCCACCGACCUCAAUGGCAACGUUCCUGACCCCACUGCCAACGUUCCAGACCCCUUUGGCAACGUUCCUGACCCCACUGGCAACGUUCCUGACCCCACUGCCAACGUUCCAGACCCCUUUGGCAACGUUCCUGACCCCACUGGCAACGUUCCUGACCCCACUGCCAACGUUCCAGACCCCUUUGGCAACGUUCCUGACCCCACUAGCAACGUUCCUGACCCCACUGCCAACGUUCCAGACUCCACUGGCAACGUUCCUGGCCCCAUUGGCAACGUUCCUGGCCCCACUGGCAACGUUCCUGGCCCCACUGGCAACGUUCCUGGCCCCACUGGCAACGUGCCUGACCCCACUGGCAACGUGCCUGAUCCCUUUUGCAACGCUCCUGACCUCACUGGCAACAUUCUUGACCCCACUGACCCCUUUGGCAACGUUCCUGACCCCACUGGCAACGUUCCUGACCCCACUGCCAACGUUCCAGACCCCUUUGGCAACGUUCCUGACCCCACUAGCAACGUUCCUGACCCCACUGCCAACGUUCCAGACCCCUUUGGCAACGUUCCUGACACCACUGAGGUCCACAACAAGGAGGAUGAACACAAGGAGGAUGAACACAAGGAGGAUGAACACAAGGAGGAUGAACACAAGGAGGAUGAACACAAGGAGAUCAAGUAA